AUGUCUACAGCACGAGCUGCCACCACUGCCGGCUUGUUUCGACAACGACCACAAGCACCAAUGGCGCCAAUGCAAACAGCUGAAAAAGAUCCACGUGAUGCAUGGUAUCGUCCAUGGGGUAGAUAUGGUCGUUGGGGUCCCUCAUGGGGAUGGCCUGCUUAUCCAUAUCCUGCAUGGGGAUGGGGAGCAUGGGAUCCCUUCUGGUGGUAA